GUUUUGUCUGAGGCGGCUUCACCCACAGAGUCCGCUUCCCACUCUGCCUGCGUUUACAACUGCUCCUGAUGACCUGGGCGCAGGUCUCACACACGAAGGACUUUUCGUGCACAGAGGCACCCGGAAAUGCCCACUGCACAGUCUCCGGGGUGGAGAAGGUGUACACCGCCCUUCGGUUGAAGCUGCGGCCCUGCCGCUCGAACUCAGAAUGGCAGGCGGAGCAGUCCUUGUCCUCCGGCCUCUUUGGUCUCCUGCGGCCGACUCGAAUAGAGGGGGGUGCGGUAGAAGCCAGUAGACAUGGGUCUGUCUUAUGGGGCACCUCUUCGGUGUUCGCUGGAGGAAACGCCUCCACAACAUUUCCACCGGGGCAGUCAACCUCCGCACCAACAGCCGGUUCGGGGAGCUCCAUCGGCAGAGUAUGUUGCCCAAGGGAGCUAGACUCGGGUUCGGCUGCUGUCGUGAAGCUCUCCUCUGCACUUACUCCCUCGUUACCCGCUGGUGCACCUGAGGAGGGCGCCUCCGUCGAAGUUAGGUUACCGUCAGCAGAGUCGUGAGCAUAGUCAUGCUCGUUUGUCUCGGAAGAGGGAACAGUCUCCUCUCCAUUCACUGCGUUGGUUUCGUUGGUUUCACUCGCCAUUCUGAAAACACACACUCCGGUUUGAGUCAACUGUGGAAACACGCAGGAAGAGAAACUCUGUCUGCGGUCAUCGCUGUUCGCAGCAGGCCAACGGUUACUGUCUAACUCUGGAGCCCGCCAGAACAACCCACAGAUGUUUCAGAGUAAAACUCUCCCGAACUGUCAGGGCGACAUGUACAGCAAAAUGAGAGUAAAUCUACAAAACUGUGGGGAUAAAAUAAAGAUCGUUUUAAACCAUGAACAGCUGCAGAUCAGAUGGAAAACAAGCUAUGGCCAACAGGAUGUAGCCGUUGAUAAACAUUGAACUAGUUUCCGUGUUUCUGUUGACCGACACACCGAUUGUGACCUCGUGUGGUGGGAGGUAUUUACUACAAGUGAUAGCGUCAUAGAUGGACAGACUUGAUCUCAUAAAAUCCUUUCUAAAUCUUUCAAUAUAUGCACUGACCAAAAGCAGCAAUAGACAUUAAAAUACUCUUUUGCAAGUUAAAUCAUUGCAUGCAAACUUUAACUAAAUUAUUAACAAAAGUAUUGAUUUCUCAGUGUACAAUAUAUGUUGAAAAAACUAUAGUAGAGAAUAAAGUAUCAGGGGGCUAGUAUGGGCCUAUUACGAUCUUUAUAGAUAGACAUGACAGAUAACCUUUUAUUUAAUCAGGGAAACGUAUUGAGAUUCAAGCUUUCUCAUCAUGGUGCCCUAAAGUUAGCCUACAUAUUCAAUAAUGCUUUAAAAAUCUGUCUAGUUGAAUGCAGUGCUGUAGCUUAUUCCACCUGCAUAUGGAUUGACAUAUUAUGUAUAGGCUACCAUUUUUCUACCUAGCCUACAGUAUAAUCCUUGUUCUUAAAAACGAUGGUAAAUACAAUAGUUGUUUAUGAAGUAUGGCUUUGUAAAUACGAAAAUGUGUUUAGUAAUGACUCUUAUUUUCCAAGGUCUUAUUUUGAUAGAUCUUACCGGAAGAACUCACACUUUCGGUGUCUAACUGGACAAACCUGUAGCUCGUGGGUGACUGAUGGAUGAGGGAUUUUACCUCUAACUGUGUGUCGCAUUAAAGCAGAGAUGGCGCAGUUAUCGGUAAGACCACAAUGUAAUUUUUUUAUAUAUACAAAUGAAGCUAAUUAGCAAGCGAGCUAACGGUAUUUAACGGUAACGGCAGCUUCAAUCAAACGGAGAGAGAGUGUUAGGAUAAUAAUAACACACAGCAGGAAAUCAACACUUUAAAAUGUUUUUAAUAUGCUCCUUUAUGUUUUUACUUAAUGUGUGGGAAAGUAGUGAGAUUUACAGUAUGAUGCAGUACGCAGCAGCACCAAACCAACGUUACUUCCUGGAAACUGAACACAUUGAAAACAUAAUAUUGUGGUACUGAUGAGCAUGGGCGGAUCAUGAACGGGCCAGAAUCCUGCAAAAGGCCCCAACACCUCUGGUAAAGCUGGUAAAGUGUUGCUGGAACUGAUCUUAUCAAAAUUCUGACCUGGAAGAAAAACAACAGUCAGCCAGCACAGGGCUGCAGAUGGAGAAUGGAGACCUGGGUCACAUUAUGGGGGAGCCAGUGACUCUGAAUGUGGGCGGUUGCUUGUACAGCACGUCACUGUCAACGCUACAGCGCUACCCAGACUCCACGCUGGGAGCCAUGUUCGGAGGAGACCUCCCCACGGUAAGGGAUGUACGGGGAAACUACUUCAUCGACCGUGACGGCCCGCUGUUUCGCUAUAUCCUCAACUUCCUGCGGACGUCAGAGCUGACGCUGCCGUGCGACUUCAAGGAGACCGAUCUGCUCAGGAAGGAGGCUGACUUCUAUCAGAUCGAGCCCCUGAUCCAAUGCGUGGGAGACCCCAAACCCCUGCUUCCCUACCCCACAGACACCUUCGAGGAGGUUGUGGAGCUUUCCAGCACCAAAAAGCUGUCCAAGUAUUCCAACCCGGUCGCAGUCAUCAUCACGCAGCUCACCACCACCACCAAGGUCCAUGCAAUGUUAGAGUCUAUCUCAUGCAGUUUCACAAAGUGGAACAAACACAUGAUGGAUACCAGAGACUACCAAGUGUCCUUCACCUUCGGACCAUGUGACCACCAACAGGAAGUCAGCCUGCGUGUCCACCUGCUCGACUUCAUCUCCAAAGCUGGUUUCACAAUACGCAACACACGUGUUCAUCACAUGAGUGAACGGGCUAAUGAGAACACAGUAGAACAUCACUGGACGUUCUGCAGACGAGCUCGCAAAGGCGAAUACUGACAAAUGGACUGAUGGAUGUACUCAAUGACUGGAGGAAAAUGAAGAAAGAAAGUCUGUGUUGGCUUUGUUGUUAUGUAUUAAUCUUAUUUAUGAUGUGUUUUUUUAUCAUAAUGCAUACAUUCUAUGGAAAGUGAAGUCAGUUAAGAAAAGUCAAUCAAAGAAAUCCGAUGUGGUACAUUAUCAUUUUUUGAUUGUUAAGCUUUGCGUCGGGCUCCGUGAUCACCCUGUUGGGGUGACCGCCUCGCUGCACAUUAUCCAGCUUAUUACAAGGCCACAUACUACACAAACUGAUGACUUGACUCCCGAUAUUAAUUGAAAUGAUUUUAUUACACGGAGUACCAACGGCUGGAACUGCAGAAACAACAACUUAAUUUAAAAUGAACGGCUGCACUCACCAAUGUUUAGUGUAACUAUCGAAGUCUGUUCACAGUUUCUUUUCCAUUAACAAGUCCUUAAACUGACUUUUGACCAAUCAGAUCUGAGUAUUCAACUAAGCCGCGUAAUACCUGCGAUUUUGAGGUUCAAUCACGUAUACAUACUUUUGCCAACAUAUAUCUGGCAAGUUAGCAUUAUCACAAAUCGUUUGUACCUCCAUUACAAUGAAUUCAUAUUAAUUGCAACUACAAAAAAAAAAAAAGAUAUAUGGAAUUUUUUUAAUGUUAUUUACACAUCCUCAGUUCUCCUUUUGUGAAAUGGUCCAAUUUUAAACCAAAAUAAAGAAGAGGUUGAUUUUC